UUGAACUCUUUCGAGGGUUACGAACCUUCGACUAGUUUGAUAUUGUUCUUGGUCAGGGUUCUGUUUUUCUACUUUGUAGAAAUUCAUGAUGGUUCAUAGAGUGGGGUGCCUGGUAGUGCCUAAAUAGGUGGAAUCAUGUCCAAUUGAAGAGUUUGCGCAUGGUUGGAUUUGAUCUGAUGGCUUAUGGCAAGUGGUGGCAUCUUCCCUUAAAGUCAUGACUUAUAUGCCAUGGUACUCCAAUUGUCGUGUUUUCACCUAAUCAAACACUCCGUUAACUUGCCAAAACUCUCGGCAAUGUAAGGAGACAAUGUGUAAUGUAACCCUCAGCCUGUGAACUUGUAGGGCUCUUGGCAGAGUGAGUCACAUCGACAAUCACAUUUUUUUCUGAGUUAUUCUCUGGUUUUUCUCGGCAUCCAAAUGGCUUGAAAGGUGAAUUGAAGAAGCAUUUAUACCAAAUAUAUGUAUAUUAUAAAAGGAAAAAAACUGGGGGCGUGUGUAAUAAAUGAGAACCUGACCCUUGAGACUCUCAAACUGUCAAUCUCCUCUCAGUUCCAUUUGUCCCCUGAAAAGCCUUCCAAAUAUAGCAAAUAUAGGAAGUAACGAGAAACGCCCAUUCCCUCCUUCUUUCUCUGAAUCUCCAACGACACACAAAGGUCGUCCCAUGUCGCCAAAGAAUCAAAGUUUUCUCCCUAAAAUGGGUUGAGCCUUUGACAUCUGGUGUGUUCAGGGACCCCACCCGAUAUAUUCUCCCGGUCCUUUUCUAUAUAUUUUCCUAUAGUUGUUUUGCUUUGUUUUUUGUUUUUGUUUCUUCUGUUUUCUUCUUGACAUAUUGACAGCAUGUCGGGACUCGAAGUGGAGGAAAUUUCUACCUCAACAGCUUCUUUGGAGAGGCUUCCAGGGAAGUCAACCUCAUCAUCCCCUGUGGUUGCCGCCGAUGGUUCAACUCACGAAUCUUUCUCUUAUUCUAAGCUUCCCGAAGAGACCCUCAAUCUCUCCAUUCGCAAAUUGGAUGGCUCUUCCUUUGUUAUUGAAGUUUUAAAGUCGGCUACCGUUGCAGAUCUCAAGCUGGGAGUCCAGAAUGUCUUUUGUCAUAUGCCAGACGAAGGUCCUGACAAGAUUUCAUGGGGACGUGUUUGGGGACACUUUUGCUUGUCUUAUGGUGAUGUGAAGUUGAUCACAGACGCUGAUCUUAUCGAAAAGUAUGGCAUCAAGGAUGAUGAUCAGCUUCAUUUCACUAGGCAUAUCUCGACAAAGGUUCAAAAAGUUAAACAGACUGUUCCUCAAGAUCAUUCAUACACGCCAUUAUCAAGCUCUGUGGAGGCUGAACUUAAUAACGAAGAAGGAUACAAGGAUAGUGAGACACAAAAAGGCAAGUGUGAACACUUACGGUCCACAUGUUCAAAGCUUCCAACCCUUAAAAGAGCAGGAACUUUCAAAUACCGAGGUUGCCGUAGUAUGUGUGCUUUCUUGUGAAAAGUUCAAUGAAAAAUCUUUACAGCUUUAGGGUAAUGGCAUACUCAAUUCUGUUCGGUUCAACUCGAUUAGAUUUGACAUUUAUAUAGGCUUUUCCUGCUCUUUUAGUUCUCAACAUGCUGUCACAUCUUACUGAAAAAUUGAAUACAAAUUUAGUUAGCAUCA